AUGUCGGUCCCCGCGUUCGGGUUCUCGGCCGGCGACUUCAUCGCCGCAGUCGGCCUCGCCGUCAACGUGACUAACGCCCUCAAAGACGUUGGUGGGGCAUCGGAACAGUACAGAAUUCUGGUGCAGGAGCUGAACUCGUUAGAGCGUGUCGUCAGGAAACUACACGCCAGGCAGGGGACAGAGAAUAGUUUCCCCGAAGAUAUUACAAAGCAGACCGACAUGACUCUAGAAACCCUGGGCAGUUUCCUCAAGACCAUAUCCAAAUUCAAUUCAAAGCUCGGGCCGAACGCAGCGUCAGGAUGGCACCACGGCGUCGGGAGAAAAGCACAAUGGGCUGUGGCGUACGCCAAGGAGGUGGAAAAGCUGCGGGUCAAGCUCGGGACGCAUCUGGCUCAGCUGAACAUGCUGCUUCAGAUUUACGCGAGCGCAAGGGUCGAGGCCCUUGCAAAGACGUUGGCCAGUAUCCCCCCGGCCAUCGAGGCGCAGGACACGCAGAUGUUGGCCUUACAACAAGAGACCUCCACCAAUAUCGACAACCUGGGUUCGCAAAUACAACAGUUCGGCAGUUCCCAGGAGGCCAUCCUUCACCGGCAGCAUUCGGUUGUUCUCGCUCGGUUCCAAGCUGCCCGUGACGAUAUCCAACAGGGCCACGGCCACAUUACAACACUCGGCGGCAGCAUAGACGCUCAGACUCAACAACUGGCCGCCUUGCGUCAAGACGCCCAAGUCUACCACAGCACAAUUAGGUCCCGCAUUGAAGAAGCCCAUCAGCAUACCCAGCAAGGCAUGCAGUUGUUGUCAAGACAGUCGGAUCUCAUCCUCUACGCCGUUUCUCAGCCUGGAAGGACGGAGUCGAUGAGGGCGGAAGGGAAAGACGACGUUUUCUUCCUGCUGUUUCAGCUGCUCCGCGCCAUUUCAAAAUCGAUGGGCAAUCUACUUUGGAAAGCCGGCCUGAUUCUCCCGUUCAUCCUCUCGGCCGUCGAGAGGAUGACGAACACUAUACGACGCCAGCCCUAUCUGCUGGUGGAAGACAGCAUCAACUUCACAGACAUGCAGGGGAAGAAAUACACGAUGCACUACGAUUAUUUCCGGCACUGGUCGGCUCGUGAGACGAAUCGUAAAGGUACUCUCUGGCCAAUGUUCACUAUGUGGACCUGCGAGAAGCAGGCCGCCGACACCGCCAAGAUCUACACCGAACUAAACGCCCUCAAGCAGCGCGUCACAGUCUGCGAGGAACACAUCAGGGCCACCCAAGACACCGGCAAGUCCCUGCACGACCUUUAUAAAGCCAUCGAUGGCAAAAUUGGAGCGCCUGUCAAGCGUACGACGGACCUGGAAAACGCCGUCGACGAGCACAAUAAAAAGCUCAAGUCCAACAACAGCCACGCAUCCGCCACGAAGGCACUCGACAAGGCGAGGCAAGUUGAUGUCGCCGUCGAGAACCUGGACACCCAGCUAAAAGACGAGCACCCUCACUUGGCUAUAACAGGGUUUGCGGAUGACACCAACCUUCUAGUAUUUGGUCGAAACCCCGAAGCCCAUGUCCGGCAACUAGAGGCGGCGUGGGAAACGUGUAUACGAUGGGCGGACAGUCGGGGGAUGAAGUUCGCCCCGGAAAAGAGCGAACUGAUCCAUUUCAACAAAGGGCGACGGCAGUGGACCGAACAAGUAAACCUUGCCAACCCAGGGGGAGGCACCAGCCCCGUUAAACCAGAAGGGUCUGCCAGGUUCCUGGGAGUCUGGUUGGACUGGAAACUCAACUGGAAGGCCCACCUGGUGGCGGUGGAGAAAAAGCUGAGGACCCAGAGCUAUGCCCUGUCGAGGAUCGUGGCAAAGACAUGGGGGAUGGGGCUAGCCAAAGCGCGAGAAGUGUACACAAAGUGCAUCCGGUCGGCGCUGGCCUAUGGCGCAUCAUCGUUUCACAUCCCCACGGAUGUGGGAGGCGAGCCGGCAAAGAAAGGCAUCACUAAGGCCCUCGGGAAGGCCCAGAACAAGAGCUUGCGGAUUGUGGCGGGAGCCUUUAAGUCUACCCCCAUCCGUAACCUCGAGACAGAGACAUGGGUACCACCAUUGGACUUGUACCUAAACAAACGGCUUGCAGAUUUCGAAAACCGACUCCAACGACCCGAUCUGGACGACGGUCGAGGCGGCAAGAAGACGGCGGCGAGCGUUGUCCUCACCGCCUGCCGCAAGAUACAGCAGAGACUUAGCUCGAGGAGGGGCAACAAGAGCCGACCGCGAACCUUGGGACCUCAAGGGCCUACGGCGGUGGAGAGAGCCGCGGGAACGGUCAUGCGCUGGACGGGGGGAACCGUUGAUACGAACAGGGUAGUAGAAGAGGCUUGGAAAGCAAGGUGGUUAAAGGAACGGGACGGCAGGGCAAUCACCAGGCCGGCGGACGACUUUGACCAUCAGCAGGAGACGCUAUUCCGGAACGAAACCCUGAGGAGGCACGACGGUCUCAGCAAGGCAAAGAGCUCACUGCUGAUUCAAAUCCGGACGGGAGCAAUAGGCUUACGGGACUUCUUGUUCACACGGGGAGUCCCGGAGGUUCUGACUCCUGCCUGCGAGUGUGGCGAGGGACGAGAGACUGCCGAACACCUGGUAGUGUGGUGUUUGGCCCCACCGUUGACUAGAAGAUGGGAGAGAACUGGAAUUCGGACACGACGGGACUUUUACUCUGUUCUACACGGCAUCAAUCCCACGACUGCACGGCUCGCGAGGAGAGUUCUCGACUGGCUGAUGGACUCGGGGAAGCUGCCGAUGUACAACUUAGCCAGGAGGCCUCCUCUCUUUGUAUAUGUAGGCUCACUAAAACGCAUCGCUCCUUGA